AUGAACAUCGUCAAGUUGCAAAGAAAGUAUCCUGUUCUCUCCCAGGGAGACCUCUUCGAUGUCAUUGACAGGUUCAGACAAAUCGAUCUCGACGACAAGGGCUGGGUUGAAAAACAGCAAGUGAUCGAGUCUGUCUCCAAGAAUGGCGACAGCUCCUACGACGAGGUUCGUCAAACGUUGAAACAGGUCUCUGUCGACGCCUCUGGCAGAGUGGAGUUGGACGAUUUUGUUGAAUUGCAUGCCAAAUUGAAGGAAAUCAAAUCUGCCCCCAAAUCAGUCAAUAGACUCAGCGGGGGAAUCUCCCACAGGGGAAAAGGUGCCAAUGCCAAAAUUGUGGUUUCGAGUGCUUCAGGCACAACCCACACCAUCAACGAAGAAGAAAGAACAGAAUUCACAAAGCACAUCAACAGUGUCUUGGCUGGUGAUCCCGACAUUGGAAAUCGUUUGCCAUUUCCUACUGACACUUUCCAGCUAUUCGAUGAAUGCAGAGACGGUUUAGUCUUGUCCAAAUUGAUCAAUGAUUCUGUUCCUGACACCAUAGAUACAAGAGUCUUGAAUUGGCCCAAAAAGGGGAGGUCUUUGAACAAUUUCACAAUGAACGAAAACGCAAACAUCGUUAUCAAUUCUGCAAAGGCCAUUGGCUGCAUUGUUGUUAAUGUCCACUCCGAAGAUAUCAUUGAAGGUAAAGAACAUUUGAUAUUGGGUUUGAUCUGGCAAAUUAUCAGAAGAGGUCUUUUAAGCAAAAUUGAUAUCAAAUUGCACCCUGAAUUGUACCGUUUACUAGAAGAUGAUGAAACUUUAGAACAAUUCUUAAGAUUACCGCCUGAAAAGAUUUUACUAAGGUGGUUCAAUUACCAUUUAAAUCAGGCUAACUGGCAUCGUACCGUCAGUAACUUUUCAAAGGAUAUCGCUGAUGGUGAAAAUUACACGGUUUUAUUGCAUCAAUUAAAUCCCCAAUUAUGCUCCUUGAAACCUCUACAAACUAAUGAUUUAUUGCAAAGAGCCGAGGAGGUUUUAGUCAAUGCUGAAAGCCUAGACUGCAGAAAAUAUUUGACUCCAACUGCUUUGGUUGCUGGUAACCCUAAAUUGAACUUGGCCUUUGUCGCUCAUUUAUUUAAUACCUGUCCAGGUUUGGAUGAAUUAAAAGAAGAAGAAAAACCGGAAAUCGAGGAAUUUGAUGCCGAAGGUGAAAGAGAAGCUAGAGUCUUUACCUUGUGGUUGAACUCUUUAGAUGUUUCCACCCCCGUUGUUUCCUUAUUUGAAGAUUUAAAAGAUGGUUUGAUCUUACUAGAAGCCUUUGAUAAAGUCAUGCCAGGCUCUGUCAACCCAAGAUAUGUCAAUAAAAAACCUCCGGGCAGAGAAUUGUCAAGAUUCAAAUCUCUAGAGAAUAACAAUUAUGCUGUUGAAACCGGUAAAGUAAACCACUUUUCCUUGGUCGGUAUUGAAGGCUCGGAUAUUGUCGAUGGCAACAAAUUACUAACCCUAGGUUUGGUCUGGCAGUUGAUGAGAAGAAAUGUCAUUGUAACUUUAUCUCAAUUAUCAAAGAAUGGUAGAGAAUUAUCUGACCACGAUAUCUUGAAAUGGGCAAAUGAAAUGGUUAGAAAAGGUGGUAAAAACUCUUUGAUAAGAUCUUUUAAAGAUCAGUCACUAAGCACUGGUAUUUUUUUAUUAGAUGUCUUGAAUGGUUUAAAGCCUGGUUACGUUGAUUAUAACAUAGUCUCCCCCGGUAGAACUGAAGAAGAAAAAUAUGCAAAUGCGAGACUAGCCAUUUCAAUCGCUAGAAAAUUAGGUGCUUUAAUUUGGUUGGUCCCAGAAGAUAUUAACGAAGUUCGUUCAAGACUUAUUUUGACGUUUGUUGGUUCUUUAAUGUCUCUAAAAAUCUAA